CUCUAACAUUGCACCAUUAAAAAAUAAAUAAAAAUAAUAAAAUAAAAAUACUAGAUAGUUCAGACGCAGGGAGAAUUUGAGGUUACAAAUGGAAUAAGUUUGGUGUGGAGCAGUUGAGGGCAAAUAAAGAAGAGUGAUUAAUUAAAAAAAUAGUAGUAUCUGACAUCUGCCUUUAGUCAUUACACACUGGUCACUGUGUAUCUUAUGAACCCAGAGUUUGCAACUUUGCAAGAGAAGAGAAAGAGAGACAGACAGACCUUCAAAUUUCAAAUCCAAGGUUAGAUUGAGAGAGAGAAUGCAGAGCGAAGAAGAAGAAAGCGGUGAUGGAGAGGCCGUACAACCUCUAUUACCACCGCCGACUUCAAACGCUGACGGCGAUGAAAUCAACAAUAUGCCGCCGGCGGAGGCGGCGAUGGAGGACCAUGCUGAGCCGCAGCAGCAAGAGGAAGCCGAGGGAGAGGGAGAGGGAGAAGACAGCAGCGAAAGCGGAGAGGAGGUGGAGGACGAUAAUGCUGAGCCGCCGCCACCGCAGCAGCAGGAAGAUGAGGGAGAGGGAGAAGAUGGCGGAGAGGAAGCGGCGGGGGAUAAUGCUGAAACGCCGCCGCCGCAGCAUCAGGAGGAAACGGAGGGAGAGGAAGAAGACGGCGGCGAAGACGGAGAAGGGGAGGAGGCGGAGGAAGAGGAGGGCACUUGUUAUGACCAUUUUGGGCAUCUUCAGAUCCAAGAUGAAAACGAAGCGGCUGAGGUUGAAACCGAGCGUCCCAACCUUGCUGAAGGCUUUUAUGUUCUUGAAGCUGUACGAAAGAAAAGGGUUCGCAAGGGUGAAGUUCAAUAUCUCAUCAAAUGGCGAGGCUGGCCGGAGACAGCUAACACUUGGGAACCCUUGGAGAAUCUUCAGUCCUGUGCUGAUGUUAUUGAUGUAUUUGAAGAAAGCUUGAGGUCUGGGAAGCAUGGUUCUUCACGAAGACGUAGGCGCAAGUCUGUCGGGGGAUAUCAUUCUCAACCUAAGAAGAAGUCGAAGCAGUGUUCCCCUGCUGCUGCUACUUAUAAUGUACCUGCUGUAAAGGUCAGGAUUAUGGAUGAACUGGCCUCUACUCCUCUUAGUGAUGAUGAGAGAGGAAAUAGUGUAGGGCAUGUCAACAAUGUGGAACUAGCAAAGCAAGCUAGUGAGAUUGUUCCCGUGAUGGUUUCCCUGCAAAUUGAGGAAAGGAAAGAGCAUAAUGUGUUGAAUUUGAAGCUUAGUGAUCUUGAAAGUACAAUGCCUACUAAUGAGGGCAAUGAGGAAAAGUUUUCUAUUUAUGUCCAAGAAACGUGUGCUUUAGAACAAAGAGAUCUUGUGAAUGGGUUUUUGAAGGUUGAUAGUGUGGAACCACCGCAAUCUGGUCAGUGCACGGGAGCUAAAAGGAGGAAAAGUGGUUCUGUUAAGAGGUUUAAGCAAGAGCCAGCCACAUGUACAUCAAAUGACGCACAAAAUGCAGUAGGAAGAUCCAGUGAUGGCCCUUGUGGCAGAGUUACACGGCGAAGGAGUCAAAAUCCUAAUUUCACAGAAAAUGAUUUGGGUUUCAAGAAAAAGAUUGAUAAUUCCAUAAAUAUGUCUACCGUAACUGAGAUCAUCAAGCCAAUAAAAUAUUCAACUUCUGCAUCAAAUGAUGCUCAGGAUGUUUCCAUGACCUUUAUAGCCAUGAGGUCUGAUGGAACAGAAGUGACGGUGGAUAACAAAUUUCUCAAGGCUACUAAUCCACUUCUGUUGAUCGACUACUACGAACAGCACCUUCACUGUAGUACUGAGUAAUUGGUAGAUAAUUAGUUGAUGGAGAGUGUUGAUACACCUGCAUCAGGCGCAAUCUUCGCCUCUCCUUAUUGUGGUUAAUUUUGUAGCUGGAGGCUGGUGCUGGUUAACUCCAAGGCAGUCUAUUAGGUUGGGUGGUAAAUAGUGCAAAACUGACUUGUAGAACAACAGUCAAAUGUUUAUUUUUGGUUGUAUACUAUUUAACCUACCCAUUUUGUAUGAAAAUUAUUCGGAAAUAUAACAUGGACACGACGAGAGAAGUCGUGUUCAUAUUCUUGUA